GAUCGUCUUUUGAUCAAAGGUGGUAAAAUAGUUAAUGACGACCAGUCUUUCUAUGCAGACAUUUACAUGGAAGAUGGGUUGAUAAAGCAAAUAGGAGAGAAUCUGAUUGUGCCAGGGGGAGUGAAAACUAUUGAAGCCCACGGCAGGAUGGUGAUUCCUGGAGGGAUUGACGUUCACACCCGCUUCCAGAUGCCGGAACAGGGGAUGACAUCUGCUGAUGACUUCUUCCAAGGGACCAAGGCUGCACUGGCUGGGGGCACCACCAUGAUCAUUGAUCAUGUGGUUCCUGAGCCAGGGACCAGUUUGCUGACAGCAUUUGACCAGUGGCGAGAAUGGGCAGACAGCAAAUCCUGCUGCGACUACUCUCUGCACGUGGAUAUCACCGAGUGGCAUAAAGGUGUCCAGGAGGAGAUGGAAGCUCUGGUUAAAGAUCAUGGUGUGAACUCCUUCUUGGUUUACAUGGCUUUCAAAGAUCGAUUUCAACUAACUGAUUCUCAGAUAUACGAGGUCCUGAGUGUAAUCCGGGAUAUUGGCGCGACAGCUCAAGUGCAUGCUGAGAAUGGUGACAUCAUUGCUGAGGAGCAGCAAAGGAUCCUGGAACUGGGGAUCACAGGCCCUGAAGGGCAUGUCUUGAGCAGACCUGAAGAGGUGGAGGCAGAGGCUGUGAACCGGGCAAUAACCAUCGCCAACCAAACCAACUGCCCCCUUUACAUCACCAAGGUGAUGAGCAAAAGUGCCGCUGAUGUCAUUGCUCAAGCCAGGAAAAAGGGCACUGUGGUGUAUGGAGAGCCCAUCACAGCCAGCUUGGGUACGGAUGGAUCUCAUUACUGGAGCAAGAACUGGGCUAAGGCAGCAGCUUUUGUUACUUCCCCACCACUGAGUCCUGACCCAACCACUCCUGAUUUUCUCAACUCACUACUGUCCUGUGGAGACCUCCAGGUUACUGGCAGUGCCCACUGCACCUUCAACACCGCUCAGAAAGCUGUUGGGAAGGACAACUUUACCCUGAUCCCUGAAGGAACCAAUGGGACUGAAGAGAGGAUGUCCAUCAUCUGGGAUAAGGCAGUGGUGACCGGCAAGAUGGAUGAGAACCAGUUUGUUGCUGUGACCAGCACAAAUGCAGCUAAAAUCUUUAACCUGUACCCGCGGAAGGGCCGUAUUGCAGUGGGCUCAGAUGCUGAUCUGGUUAUCUGGGAUCCUGACAGUGUCAAGACAAUCUCUGCCAAGACUCAUAACAUAUCUCUGGAGUACAAUAUCUUUGAAGGCAUGGAGUGCCGUGGGUCUCCCCUGGUGGUUAUCAGCCAAGGGAAGAUCGUGCUGGAGGAUGGGAAUCUCCAUGUCACCGAGGGAUCUGGUCGGUAUAUCCCCAGGAAACCGUUCCCUGACUUCGUUUACAAGCGCAUCAAAGCAAGGAGCAGGCUGGCCGAGCUGCGGGGUGUGCCUCGAGGCCUCUACGACGGACCCGUCUGCGAAGUGUCGGUGACACCGAAGACCGUCACACCGGCGUCUUCAGCUAAGACGUCCCCUGCCAAACAGCAGGCCCCACCCGUGAGGAACCUGCACCAGUCUGGAUUCAGCUUGUCUGGGGCACAGAUCGACGACAACAUCCCACGCCGCACGACUCAGCGCAUCGUGGCACCGCCCGGCGGACGUGCCAACAUCACCAGCUUGGGCUAAGGACCGACCCCUUCUGUGCCCGCCUAGCGGACCGGGGGACGGGGGCACCUGGAGACCCUUUUUGAUUCUUUUAGAGCCUGUGACAGUUACUGCGGGCAACCAGUGAGGGGGGGGCUGAAGUAAGGCGCCUCUUUCAGUCCCCUCAGAUUCCCUCCUCAUCUUCACCAACCCCUCUCACUUCCCCCCCUCAGCCCCUGCACAUUUAAAGAAAUAAACCCUGUUUUGACACCUCUGACAUGCAAAAGUAAAUGUAAAGAGGAUGUUUGAGAUAUGUGGCCUCUGUCCCAUUCAGCAUCUUUCUUUUAAUAAAGGAAGGAUAAAGUGAAUUUCCCGGGAGCUGCCUUUAAGACACACACAAAAAAAGGAAUAAAUAAAUAAUAAAUGUAAAAAA